AUGGCCAACGACCCGAUUGUAUCCCUCCUCAACUCGCUGCAGGACGCCGACGACGAUAUGGCGAUCGAGGAAGAUGAUUCUCAUGAACCGCACGCCCAAGACACCGGGCUCGGAGCCUAUCACGCCCACCUUCGAGAUCGUUUCGGUGCCAGUCGAGCUCAUAGGCGAACACUUCUGAACCGCUCCACUCAGGGCACAUCUGCUGUUCCAACAGAGGCUCGCUCCGGUGGCUCAAGGCCCGAGUCGUCAACAGGAUUCAAUCCGCAUGCAGCCGAGUUCGUGCCAAGAACGCCUUCUAAGAGAAAGGCGUCUUCGUCUGCGCGACCAAAUAAAUCGACUCAUCCUGUGAAUGCCCCCGUGACUGCGAGAUCUGCGACCGGCGUCGCUGGUCAACCAAGCAUCCCAUGGAACGAGCUCUUUGGCUUCCAGCCACGGACACUACCCACCAACUUUACUCUCGAGGAAAUGGACGAAGAGGAAGCAGACGAACUGAUCACUCUUGACCAAGAUCUGUCGGCUGAAGAUCAAGAUGAGCUGCAGCGGGUUAUACGGCUGCGUCGAAGUCUGCGCAUGAAACAAGCUGCUGGUAACUCCUGGCAAACGAGCGCGGCAAUCCUCUUCAGCCCUGAUGAUGGUGCCGAGUAUCCGUCCGAAGCAUCGCAUAGCACCGGAAAACUCCGUUACCUUCCCAUUGGCCCGGAGUCCCUUUCGAGAUGGGAGAACUCUGACGACUCGGUCAGAAGCUUUACUGUCCUACGAGGACAUCGGCAGUAUAUUGACGAUGCUUCAGCAAGCCAUAUCGCAAGCAGAGCUUCUUGGCCCCCAGGCAGGCUUCCGGUGGAGCUAUUCGAGGCCAUCACGCAUCUCCUCUCUCGCGAUGAUAUCAUGUGCAUGCGUUUGGUGAGCAAAGAGUUCGAAAAGAAAGUUUCUUCAACCCUUUUUCAUACCUCUGUUGUACCAUUUAAUACUGAGCUCUACGAUAUGAUCGAAGAGGAUGCCAAGAUGGCAAGCCGCAGCAUAUGGCACGAUGCCAGACCCCCAGGCAAAGGCAAAGGAAAAGCACGAGAUGUGUCUGACCACGUCUUGGAGCGAGUCCCGGGCAGCCUGCAUUGGCAGAAUGCUCGUGAAGACGCAGAAGGCAAGGUGUAUAAGGGACAUGGUCUGCGCGUUUUCAAGGGGUUCGGCCCGCAUAUUCGAAAGUUUGGCAUGUCUUUUGAAGUUGCCGAGACCCAAUUGUCGCGCCCUCCAGUCAAGAGGGAACUUGAUCAUGUCGUGUCUUAUUACGGAUCAUAUGACUGGCCACAGCAACAAUACGCGCGCUUUGCCAACCUGGCCGGACUUGAGAAAACGGCUGACGACACUCUUCGGAUGAAGGCAGCCUUCUCCAAUCUCGACAAAGUGCAGGAACUCGCAUUGUCGUUGGACAGUGGCCUAGGCUGGCUGAACGGGCCCGACAAGUCAGUUCAUUCCCACAUCUUCGAGCGUCCAACACCAGUCUUCGGCCUUUCACGAAGUGAUCACCGGCUGCAAGAUUCGAGGGACUUCUGGUCUGCGCUGCAGGCUUCACAUCGAAGUCAUGGCCGACCCAAUGUGCUGAAGGAGGCAAAUCUGAUGUAUCAACGCCUCCCCAAGGCUCCGGCUGGACUGCAGGGCCUCGAGGGUACUCGAUAUGGCGCCACAAAAUUCUGGCCUUCAAUCUCUACUGACCAGGUGAUGCCAGCACUGGGACCGGCCACUUGGGAAGAGCCAAGCCAUGGGGUUGCUUACAUGACCACGACUCAGCCCGGUUCCUCAACAACGAGCCUCUAUGAUAAGUCCGCAUUGGUACCUGCAGAGCUCAGAAAGGAGCAGAAGGAGUGGUUAUUAGAGACCGAGUGGGCGCAAAGAGCCUUCCUCGAGUGUUACAUGCUUGCAGUCAUUGACAAUUCUGCCCUAUUCGCCAAUGUCAAAACGCUGAAGUUAUCCAAGCUUUCUAGCAGCUUCCUGCCCUUGGUCGGACGCGAAUCUUUCUGGGACGCUCUGCCUGGCCUGAGUACUGUUGAGAUCCAUGUAAAGCCGGAUUGGCGGGUUGUCGAGAAGGACAAUGCAGGUUACGCCGAAACUUCGACACAGAGUCCUUCUGAAGCGGUCCAUGCCUUCCACCAAUUUGUUUUGAAGGAUAGACUAUGUCUCCGGCCAUCAGUCAAGCAUUUGAACAUCGGUUGGGUGGGUGGUGGCGAGCACGCAGUCGGCAUCUUUGCUCGUAAUGCAAACAUCCUGCCGUGUCCAAUCUCCCAGUUGGAGCAUAGUACCGCCGCCACUGCUCAUUUUGGGCUGAUUUUCGAGUACGUCGAGCACUUGACACUGACGAAUUGUUGGAUAACUCCGCCGGCGCUUCAAGAAAUGGUCAAGAAUCAUGCGGGGAAGAGCUUGAAGACAUUGACGCUUGACUCCGUGUCGCUGACGAGCCACCCUCGAUUUCCUGCGGGCGGUCAGCAACAGCAGAUGGCCCAAGCAAUGGCCGGACUUCAGCAAGGCAACCUCCAGGCAUUUGGGCUAGGUGCGCCGCAAGGGCAAGUAGCUCCUGCAGUCCAGCAGAAUGCACAGCCAGCCGGUGGCCACCUGGCGCAGAUGCAACAUAUGCAAGCUCAGAUGCAGGCUUUGCACCAGCUUUUGCCACACGGACACCAGCACAAUGUGCCGCAAAACCAGCUUCAGAUGCAAGCACAGCUGCAAGCGUUACAGGCAGCUCUGAUGAACGCUGGACAACCAGCAGCACUUCCACCCCCUGCGCAGGUCCAGAACCCGAUCCAAAACCAGAAUGUCCAGCAAAAUCCGCAAAAUCAGCCUGCACCAUCUCACUGGACUGAUGGACAUCGCGAGGGUUCAUGGCCCGACGUGAUCAAUGACAUUUCACCGGGCACAAUCUUCACAGAUUACGUACCUCAGCCUCAGCCAUGGGAGACGCAACUGCCGCCACGUGCAGUCACGAAUCUUCAAACCAUCGAAUUCAAGUCCUGCGGCUAUGCGAGGCUGAUUAACAAUCAUGCCUUUGACCAAUUCUGGCUCGACACAAUCGACACUCACCAUCUCUCCGUCUGGUUCCGCACUCGCCAAGGAGUCCUUGCGCCUGCUAUGAUGACCACGAGCGACCCGUACAUCGCCCGCAUUGUGCAGAAUAUUCCACAGCGCGAGCUCGAUGCUCUGCUCUUUGCUUGGGGACUUACCGAAGGCUGGGCCGAUCGAGAGAAGGCCGAGGAAGCAGAGUUCGAUGGCCUGCUGGCUGGAGGCACGGGCAGGUUCUCUGGCAAGGUGGAAGUAGGCAUGGCAUUGGUGGGACAGCCUGCGUCGGCGGAAGGCUCAUAG